ACUCUGCAGCAGGCCGCUGCGAGUCGCCAGCGUCAUCCAGCUUUUUGCGGCAAUCUUUACGCUGGGGUCUUGGGCAGAGAGAGAGAGAGAGAGAGAGAGAGAGAGAGAUAGAUGGAUUGGGGUGGAGCGCAGCGGAGAGAUAAGGCUGGACGGUCAAAGCCAGGGAAGCCCUUUCCCCGGUGACGCAGCGCCUCGGGGGAGUUCUGUCCGGAGCUGGGCGUUCUGAUUGCGCCUCCUCUCCCCCGCGGGCGGCCAACCAGAGGCGGAGGAGGAGGCGCCGCCGCCGCGAAGAGGAUGUAGCGGGAUCCGCGGAGGGGGACUCCAGGGGGCCGCAGGGCGCGCGCAAGGGAGGUUCCGCGUUGCGCACGGCUUCUGUCUGGCGAGCCCGCCCUGAUGGAGGAUCCCGUUAGCUCGGCGCUGCUGGCGGCCGCCGGGCUGCUGCUGGCGCUGUGGUGGCUGCUGAGCCGCCGCCGCCGGCUGCUGCAGGGGCUCCCGCCGGGUCCCAAGCCGUGGCCUUUGGUGGGCAACUUCGCCUUCGCCUUGGUGCGCAACCCGCUGGUGCGCAAGCGGCUUCUGAACAUGGUCCGGCAGAAGCAGCUCCCCAAAGGCGAAGGCGGCGCCGGGAGGGAGCAGCAACCACAGCAGCAGAACCCCCCGCAUCUGCUGCUCACCGCCCUGGCCAAGAUCUACGGCAGCAUCUUCAGCCUCUUCGUGGGCAGCCGGCCGCUCAUCAUACUCAGCGACUUCGAGGCCGUGCGGGACGCCCUGGUCAACCAGGCCGAGGUCUUCAGCGACCGGCCCAGCGUGCCCCUAGUGGCCCUCAUCUCCAAGAGGAAAGGUGUGGUUUUUGCCCCUUAUGGUCCGGUGUGGAAGAAACAGAGAAAGUUCUCCCAUUCAACCCUCCGUCACUUUGGAUUAGGAAAGCACAGCUUGGAGCCUAAAAUAAUCGAAGAAUUCAAGUAUGUGAAAGCCGAGAUCCUGAAGCAUGGGGACGAGAAGUUCAACCCCUUCCCCAUAAUUGGCAACGCCGUGGCGAACGUCAUCUGCUCGAUGGCGUUUAGCAGGCGAUUUGACUAUGACGAUGCCGGCUUCAAGACCAUGCUGAAGCUCAUGUCUCGUGGUCUGGAGAUAAGCCUGAACAGUCACAUGAUUCUGGUCAACAUCUGCCCUUGGCUCUACUACCUCCCAAUCUAUCCUUUCCGAGUGCUUAGGCAGAUUGAGCUGGAUAUCACGGCCUUCCUGAAGACCAUUAUCGCACAGCACCGGGAAACCCUCGAUAGCCAGAAUCCCCGAGACUUCAUCGACAUGUACCUCCUUCAUGCAGAUGAGGAAAGGAAGAUAGACAGCGAGAGCAGCUUCACUGAAGACUACCUGUUUUUUAUUAUUGCGGACCUUUUCAUCGCAGGCACAGACACCACAUCCAAUACCCUUCUCUGGAGUCUGCUUUACAUGUCGCUUCACCCGCAGGAACAAAAAAAGGUCCAGGAAGAAAUUGAGUUGGUCAUUGGGCGCAAUAGGCCUCCAACUCUUGCGGACAAGGCACGUAUGCCCUUCACAGAAGCAACCAUCAUGGAAGUUCAAAGGAUGACAGUGGUUGUACCUCUUUCAAUUCCUCGAAUGGCCUCAGAAACUACAGUGCUCCAGGGCUACACUAUUCCAAAGGGCAGUAUAAUCAUUCCAAACUUGUGGUCCGUGCACCGAGAUCCCAAAAUAUGGGAGAAUCCGGAUGAUUUCCACCCAGCAAGGUUUCUGGAUGAAAAUGGCCAGCUCAUCAAAAAAGAAACAUUUAUUCCUUUUGGAAUUGGAAAACGUGUGUGCAUGGGAGAACAACUUGCCAAGAUGGAGCUGUUUUUGAUGUUUGUGAGCCUCCUGCAAAAUUUCACGUUUCAGUUUCCCGAAGACAUGGAGAAGCCAUCGAUGGCAGGAAGAUUUGGCCUGACUUUAGCUCCACUUCCAUUCAACAUCAUUGCCUUAAAGAGAUGAAGGAACCUCAGACAAGAACACUGCAUGAAGUUUGUAUUACUCUUACGAAAAUUCAGGGCUAUAUAUGAAAUGCACUUCAGUAACAAAAUCGCCAACCCUGAGCAGGGAUGGGAAACCUGCAGCCCACAGGGUACUCACAGGCUCAUAAAGCACUUUCCCCUUAGCCUGUGGGCUCUUCCAUUAAAUGUGUUGAAACUUUUUGAAUGCGGAAAAGGAAUAAAAGCUAGUCUUCGAAGUUGCCGGAUGACAAGUGACAACUGGUGCAGAGACUGUUAAUGUCAGGCAUUGAGUGGCUUUUUACAUUAGCUUAGAAAUGAAGGAGGAAAAACAUAAAAAUUCAGUUUUGCAUACAACAACAGUGGGUAUCUCUCUCUUAUACAGGAGUCGUGACAUCCUUUAAAAUGGACACAUUGAAGAGAGAGGUAUAAUAAAAACAGGAUUUGCUGCGGUUUUUGCUCCUGUGGGGUGAGUCUGACUUCUAUCCGCCUUCACUGUGAAAAGAGCAGCCUUACACGCCCCUGAUUCAAGUCUUCAGGGUUGCCCUUCCCUCAUGUUUGUUUCAGACUGAUUGACUGCUUUUCUUUCUUUUAACUUUUCAAAGCAUUGAGUAUGCAUUUGUUUCCAUUAAAUGUGCAUUUCAUCCCCUUUAAUACUAAAAACAUAGAAGCAUUUCUGAAGUGUUGAAAACUCUAGCGGAGGUGGGUUAGUGAUGUCACCAUUCCAGACAAUCAGUGCUGUGCCCAGCUGGUUUCUAAGAACAUAAAGAAGAGUCUGCUGGCCCAUCUAUUCCAGCAUCCUGUUCUCACAGGGGUCAACUAGGUGUCUGUGGGAAACCAGCAAGCACGAUUUCAGCAGAAGAAAUCUCACCUCUCCUGUGGUUUCCAGCAACUGGUAUUCAGAAGCAUUGCUGCCUUCAACCAUGCAGAAUCUUUUCCCUCUUCGUCCAAGGAGGGAGACGAUCACUUCCACAGGAGGCUCACAGCUCAAAUUAUAUGUACAUCUGUAGGUACACGAAGUUUGUCUCUUGGUACCUCUGUUUAUUCCUGCUAAUGGGGAUAUGAAGGCACAAACGGUAAUGCAUGGAUCCACACACAACAGGAACAUUUUGUGUGUGUGGUUAGCAUGAAUUUAGGCAAUUGCAUCCCUUCACUGUGCUAUCUGUGUGCAUCUGAAAUACGGUAAUUUUAAAUAAGGGCCAUCUAGGAAGAUGGCUGGCACAUAACAGUUCCCCCAGACACAUGCAUGUAUGAUGAUAAUAAUACAUGCAUAUCCUGGGAGGUAAAGCCAUACUGCCAAAGCCUUGGGCUGGCCUUUUUGGCAGAGGAUAAGCUGCUUUGAUAUAAUCAUGGAGUUCAUUUCCAAUUCAUUACCUUGUAAAGGAAGUAGUGACUUGAGACAAACGGGGUAGGAGCUUAUGAAUCAACACUGUGCAGGUAUGAGCUACAGAAAGCCUGCAGUGCAGAGAAACCUUUAGGAAAGGUGACUCGGACUCCUUGGGCCAUUCUUAACUGGAAACUUCAAUGGAAAAACUAAAAUUGCACUGCUAAUUUUCAGCUGACUACUGUUAAACAGCCGGAGUGUGGCGGGGGCGACAUGGCUGGCAAUGCAACUGAUUCUUUGUAUGGCAUGUAAGCCCUAUUGUAAUAAGGCAGCCUUUUUAAUGAAGCACUUUAUAAUUUUGUCAGGAUCCAAAGAUCUGUAUUUCUAUAUUUUAGUAGUUGUUAAGAGCCUCAUGAAUGAUAAUAUAUAUUACAUGGAUUGCCUAUAUCUUGCUGAUGUUUACCUUGCCUGCUUUAUUUCUUCCCCUUUCCCCAUGAAAAACAAAACAAAACGAAUGCCUUGUUUAGAAUUUUAGUAUGGAAUAUAUAAUUGCUGUUAGAAACUAGCAUUUGAGAUCAUUGCUGACAAUUUUUAAAAGGUGCCUAUCUUUCUAAAUACAGCCUGAGAUGUGUUUCUCAGUAUGAAUCUUUGUCUAAAUAAACCUUUUUAUUUUAAAAGCAA